UCGGCCAGUCUCUGUGUCCUCCAACCAUGGGUACAGCGGUUUAGGGGGGCGCCACACAUGCACAGACCCAGAGGGGCGCCAUCAAAAGACAACAUCACGUCAAGAGGAAGAUUGUUGGUCUCAGCUUGAAAGGGGGGCUUCGGCAGUGUGACCAAUCACCUUUAGGGGAAAACCUGUCAUCUCUGGAAAAAGGAAUAUUUCUUUUCUUCCAUACCUCAUUAUUUGACAACACAUUCCCAUGGUUUUGCUGCACUGAUUUGGAUCAUAAAAAAUCUUUUUGGGACAAUUUCAGCAUCAUAGUGAAAGCUUUUGGAUUAUCCUCUGAGGUCGACUGUGUCCUUUACCAUCUGAGGGAUCUACCUGCUUAUCCCCUCCACCUGGAACAACUUAGAUGAGCUCAACCUGCUAAUAACUCACCAAACAACAAUUGCAAGGUCUGCAUUGACCACUGUAUUUCUGCAACAUUGAAACCACCUGUGACCUCUGUCGGGUUUGUCUAUUUACAUGCAGCUGGCCUCCUGUGGAUUGACACUUUUUCUGACAUUUUUGUCCAGAAUUUACUGAACUUCUUCUUCUCCCCUGCUCCCUUUCUCUUACUUUUCUCUCCUGUCUUUGUGUUGAUCGGUGCAUGGUAGUGAGCCAUGGCGCUGUUGAAGAUGAAGUUCACCCAGCAGAGGCGGGUGCGUCUGGCCCAGGGCCUGUGGCUGAUGUCCUGGCUGGCAGUGAUGUGCGGGACCUUCAUCUUUUGUCUGGGGGUUUAUCUUAAGACAGAGCUGCUCCGAAGGGAUGAGGUGAUGGAAAACACAGAGAUCCACGUGGUGCCCAACAUCCUGAUGGUGGUGGGCCUGGCCUCCAUCGGCACUAACUGGGUUGCCAGUCGUGUCUGUCAGGACUCUUUGGACGCAAGCCGCUUCCCCCGUUGGAAAGUUCUCCUGCUGGCUUGGUUUGCUGUGGCUGCACUGCUCUGCUGUCUGCUCAUCGCUGUUGUGGUGCUCAGCUAUGCCCUGCAAGGACGCCUGGAGGAGUCACUGAAGGUGGGCCUGAGGAAUGGUAUUCGGUUCUACAAGGACACAGACGUGCCGGGCCGCUGUUUUCAGAAAGAGACCAUCGAUCGUCUGCAGAUGGAGUUUCGCUGUUGUGGAAACAGCAACUUCAGGGAUUGGUUUGAAGUUCAGUGGGUCAGCAACAGAUACCUGGACUUCACCUCCAAGGAGGUCAAGGAUCGUAUCCGGAGUAACGUGGACGGCCGUUAUCUGUUGGAUGGCGUUCCUUUCAGCUGCUGUAACCCCGCCUCACCUCGCCCCUGCCUGCAGUACCACCUGACAGAUAACAGCGCCCAUCACAACUAUGACUUCCACUCAGAGGAACUGAACCUGCACAGUCGCGGCUGCCGGCAGGCUCUGGUCGACUACUACAUGGACUUGAUGAAUUCAACUGGUCCUGGUGUGCUGUCAGUCAUCUUAAUACAGAUGUCAGUGCUCCUGAGCCUGCGGUACCUGCAGACAGCGGUGGAAGGAGCCAUGGCUCUGGAGGACCCAGAGGGCGAUAGUGAGGGUUAUCUCCUGGAGAAGGGUGUGAAGGAAACCUUUGAGGAUCUCAAAGCCAAUGUCCUCACCAUGCUAAAGUUCGCACAAGUUGACCCCAACGCUGAAGAGUCCCCUGAGGAUGCAGACGCAGAGAAGGCUGCUUCCCCUACUCCUGCCAGCUAGAGGGAAAAUGUGGGGGGAUGUGUCUGAGGUUUCUGAGGUUGUGUGAGUUGGCUGGUGGCGGGUAGAACACCUGGUUUUGACACGUUAGGCUUGAUUUAUGCUCCAGCAGCCGCAGCCCCCUUGCACAUGCCCAAAACAAGGCAACAUAUAAGGAAUCUUAUCAGGUCCUGCACAGACACCAAAACAAACAUCUCUUCUGUGCAGGACCUAGUGAAUGUGUAACCAUCAGAGAGUUCAGGAGAUGUGUAGUACUUUUUGUUGUAACUAGAAGAGAGUACAUUCAGUUUAAAUGGAUGUAGCGUUCACACACACACAGACACAUAUUUAACACGUUUUGACAUUUGGCUUAAAUUUGGCGCAAUCACAUAAUACUAAAGUUCAUCCAUUGUGCAUUUGUAUUAUUCAUCUCACAGCUGUAGAGUUUGUACUAAACUGCAAUAAAAUGCUUAGGGACCUGUUAAAAUGGCACAUGAAUUGUAUAUUAAAUGUAGAAGGUUUUAACUGCUUUGUAGUGUUGACUUCCUUUUGUACAUGUAACAUAAUAGAGGAGUGAAUUCCCUGACUAGGGGUUAUCUGAGUUCAGCAAGGGGAGUUGGAUUAAGUGUGUGUUUGUGUGUAUAUGUGCGUGCGAGUGUGGUGCCCUAUAUGAAGCUGUCAUCUUGUCUAUUCCGGCAGCUCUGAAACAAUCUGAUAAUCCUGGUGUAGUUAAUCCCAGAACUGCUGCACAAGCAGUAUCAGCACACACUGACAGCACACAGGAACGCACACUACAGCACACUGAUACAACAUGUUGGAAGUUAUUUUAUAAAGCCAAACAGUUUUUAAAUGCUUUUUAUUUGCAAAGAAUAUACCAUGGUUACAGGUAUAUCCAAUGUGUGCUCAUUCUUCUUAAAUAAAACUCUAUCACAGAAUAA